AUGGAAAGUUUUUAUUGUAUGUUCUGCGCUAAAGAAGCCACUUCUCGUCAGGAAGCCCUUUUAUGUGAUGGCUGCGACAGGUGGCAACACCGGCGAUGCCAGACAGGCAUCACGAGGGAAGACUACAGGGCUGCAGAGCGAUCAGGAAAGGAGAUCGUUUGGACAUGCAUUUACUGUGCUGAUGAUGAUUCCAUACCCAUCGUUGAGAGUACAAGACUCGAUGACUUUGACAUUCCACCGUCAUUUGAUACACCGUCCCAGCGAUCAACAGCGGUAUACGAUAGCCGAGAGAGCUUGGAGGACAACCGUAAGUUUCUUUUUUUUUCUUGUAUUUGGUGUUUCGAUAAUGAACUAUUAUGAUUAAUCAGUUAGUGUGUCUUUUCUCUUAAAAUCCGUCUAGUUGUCGCAAUCCGCGACAUUAUUGUUAAAAUAAGUGAUUGAGUUGAGACGAGAAAGCAAUAGUUAAUCACAAUCACCAUAAUCAUAAUCACUCUUUUCGGGUUCAUUUUUUAAAAAUAAAGGUGAUUUUUGACGUUUAUUCCACAGAUAACGAUAGCUCACUGAGUCUUCAAUUGCUGAGCCACUCCCAAGCCGCGACGUCAUUGCCGACGACCGGGCCUCAGUUACUUACCAUCUAGUGGAAGAGGGAACCAAACGCGGGAGAGCCAUGCUAGUCGAUAGCCUUGGAUUUACUUAUAACAUAAAUGCCAAGAGAUCCUACGCUACUUAUUGGCAGUGCACGGUCCGUCCAAAAGGCAACCCCUGUAAGGCCUCAGUAGCAGAAAGAGACGGAACAUUCCAAGCGGGGAAGAAUUCCCAUAACCACUCGGCAGAAGUUGGCGCUGCGACCGCAAGAAAGAUCGUCACUACGGUUAAAACCAAGGCGCUGGAGAACAAGUUCAAGCCAGCUUCGGCGAUAGUGAAUGAGGUUAUUACAACGCUUUUUACAGGGUUUUAUUCAGUCGUUGUUUGCGUCAAAAGCCCUCAAUCGCUCGUUCACGUGUUUUGACCCAAAGAACUUGUGGAUAUAACCCUGUACGCCGCAUGACGUAAAUUAUAUGAAUUAAAAAUAAUUCUCUCGAAUACAGUUUAGAUAAUAACCAUGCCUAAAAUAAGAACCUAGUUUAACUGUAACUCCAUUAAUCUGUUCCUAUGUUUUAGGUCCUGUUGGAUCAAUUGACAGAAGCCUCGUGCCCAGCCCUUCCCAAACCCGAGUACAUAGCGAGGGCCGCCAACCGCCUGCGCCAAAGUUUACGACCUGAAGACCCGAAGGACCUGAACUUCGAGCUGAUAGAAGAAUGUAUUUCCCAAGGAUUCUACCAGGCGGAUGUAAUAGUGAAGAACCGACGGCACCUCAUAUUUGCCAGACCAGAACAGCUGCAGCCUUUGGCCAUAGCAAAGUCCUGGUACGUCGAUGGCACCUUCAAGCUAGUACGACAUCCCUUCAAACAGCUCGUAACCAUCAACGUCUUUGUUAGAUCCGGCGAGUGCGCGAAACAAGUGCCGCUGGCAUUUGCCCUUAUGUCAAACAAGAAAGGAAAAGACUAUAAGAAGGUAUUAGAAAUUUUAGUAUCUAAUAACGUGAAGUGAACGUAUGCUUAUCUAAUAAAGGUAGAGCAGUUCCUUUUAAAUCACACAUAAAUGUUUAAUUCUCACUGAGGCAAUCUCGAUGUCACGUCUCACGUAUACGCAUCUCUACGUUGUGCAGUGUGGAGAAAGGUUAGUAGAAGAAAACAAAUGGAAUAGAUUACAAAUGCAAGGGGACUAACAAACAAGUAGGCUUAUUACACAAUUUAAAAUGACUUACCAAACUGACGCGUAUUAUUACAUGAAUCUACUCGCUUGUUACGUGUGGGCUGUCCGAGUAACAAUUUAAAAUGACUCACCAAAACUGACGCGUAUUAUUACAUGAAUCUACUCGCUUGUUACGUGUGGGCUGUCCGAGUAACAAUUUAAAAUGACUCACCAAAACUGACGCGUAUUAUUACAUGAAUCUACUCGCUUGUUACGUGUGGGCUGUCCGAGUAACAAAUAAAAAAAGAUUACACAAUUUAAAAUGACUCACCAAACUGACGCGUAUUAGUAGAUGAAUCUACUCGCUUGUGACUAUGCCUAAAUUAAUUAAUGAGCGAUGUUAAUUUUUUUCUUUUUCAAAGGUACAAGAGCUAGGACUUCAAUCAGCUUACUCCAGAGACGACAGUGUAUUCAGAUACAUCAAGAAGCUGAUGGCCCUUCCCUUCUUGCCAUUUCACGAGAUCGCACCGAUGUUCGUUCGACUGAGUGUACAGACCCAAGCACAGCCCCUUCUGGAUCUCGUCGACUACAUGAAACGCCAGUGGAUCGAGAACCCCGUCUUUACACCAAAGGACUGGAGCGUCUACAAACAACCAAUUCGUACCAACAACGACAUAGAAGGUUGGCAUAACGCCCUAAAUCGCAGAGCUGUUGGGCAAUGCAACCUGCCUUUAUAUUAUCUGAUUAAGCUACUGGACAGGGAGGCGAAACUCACAGCUCUCACCAUUAGGUUC